AUGGCAGCAAUGCCGGCUCUCAGACUGCUCACUGUCGUCGGUGCCUCGCUUCUCCUCUUUGAUAAAAUUGAUGUAAGCGGUAGCGAACCGCCUCAACCACCAGACACAACACCCACGGCAACAACAACAUAUGAUGUCAAAUUGGGAGAAGAUGGCGCUUGCCUCUCGGAGAUCAACGCUGCUCGUAAGAAGACCGGUUUCAAUGAUUUCGUAGUACCUCAAGCGGAUGCGAAGGAGAAGAGGCUGCCUGAGCAAGGAGUGAAAGAUUCCGGCGAAUAUGAUGCAUGGGUUUGGAGGCCGGUUUGCGAUGUCUUGAUACCAAAAGAAGCAGCAGGCAAGAGCUCCGAUGUAGAAGCUGGAAAAAAAUUUAUGAGCGGAACAUACGCGUUCCAAAUCGUCGAUGCCGCUAACCUUAGUUGCAAUGACGUAGUAGAAAAGUGGAAGAAUGCCUACAGCAACUUCAAUGGUCGGGACAACAUCUCUUUUGUGGCAAUGUACAACCCUUCCGAAGAUGCCACCGCCGACUGCCGAGUCGUCACCUGCACUAGAACGGUCACCACCGCUCCAUCGGGCCUUCCAUCGGAAGCAGAACAGCAAGAGGAAGAGGGAGAGGAAGAGGAAGGCGCCAAAACUGAAGAAACAAAGGCAGGCUCUGCCUUGAUUUGCAUGACGACACCGCCAUCGGAAGCACAACAGCAAGAGGAAGAGGAGGAGGAAGAGGAAGGCGCCAAAACUGAAGAAACAAAGGCAGGCUCUGCCUUGAUUUGCAUGACGACACCUGACGUUCUCCCGGAUAACAGUGAAAACCCUCCUUUCACAGAGGAGCAGUGGGGGCAGAUCGUCACCGCACUCGAAGGAUCUGCCUCGGCUGUCUUACCUAGUUUGCUCGGCCUUGCCACGGCACUCCUCGGCAUUGCGGCAGCGAUGUGA